GAAGGCCACGUUAUGAUCCAGCAACAGCUGAGACAGCUCCUGCCAGAGUGGGAGAUAGAUCCUUCUACUGCCCUCGUCCUGCUGUGCAGCUCAGCAGCAGCCGUGGUGGUCUGGAAAUGGCUGGGCAAAAGGCAGAUCCAGAAGAAAAUGGAAGAGGCUCUGAGGACCCAGGAUGAGGGUGUGAAGAAAAUGGCAAAGGCUGUCCAGCAGUUCAGGGAGCAGGUCCCCAGUGUCCAGACAGAUGCCAUCCUGUCCCUGCCCCUGCUGGAACUUACUGGGAGACUGCGGGAGGGGUCUCUGUCCCCCAAGACUGUCCUCUACACCUACUUAGAGAAGGCCCUGGAAGUGACCCAGCAGACAAACUGCUUGCGACAUUUUAUCCCAGAAUGUGAGGAGCAGCUCCAGGAAAUACAACAGCAGAAGGAGAAAGGGCUGCUCUAUGGCAUCCCCGUCAGCAUCAAGGAUCACAUCGGCCACAAGGGGCAUCUGUCAACCUGUGGGCUUGUGCAAUGCCUGGGCACUCCGGUGCAGGAGGACAGCGUCCUCGUCAAGGUUUUGAAGAGACAAGGGGCCAUCCCAUUUGCAAUGACCAACGUGCCGCAAUCCCUCUUCAACUACGACUGCAGCAAUCCCAUCUUCGGCCAGACCUUGAACCCCUUAAACCUCCAGAAGAGCCGGGGCUCCUCGGGAGGGGAGGGAGCUCUGAUCGCAGGGGGAGGCUCCAUCCUGGGCAUCGGCUCGGACAUCGGUGGCAGCAUCCGCCUGCCAUCCAGCUUUUGCGGGCUGUGCGGGCUCAAACCCACGGCCGAAAGGCUCAGCCUGUCCGGAGUGAGUGUCCCAGUCAAUGGGAUCCUGGCAGUUCCUUGUGCACUGGGGCCGAUGGCGAGAGAUGUGGACAGCCUGGCCCUGUGCAUGAAGGCGCUGCUCUGUGAGGAGAUGUUCCGGCUGGACCCCACCGUGCCCCCCAUGCCCUUCGAUGAGGAGGUGUACUCCAGCUCUGCUCCCCUGCGGGUCGGGUACUACGACACGGAUGGCUACUUCCCGCUGCCCCCUUGCAUGCGGCGGGCGGUGCAGGAAACCAGGGGGGCUCUGCAGGCAGCCGGGCACCAGCUGGUGCCCUUUUCUCCACCUCGGAUUCAAUAUGUCAUGACUGAACUGUUUUUGAAGACGUUUUUUGCUGAUGGAGGCCGUGCUUGGUUGGACUUGUUCACAGGAGGUAUUGUAGAUCCAAGCUUGAAAUCACAGGUGAAUUGCUACAAGAUCCCAAGGCUGGGGAAGAAGCUGCUGGCUCUGAUUCUUAAACCUCUGUUUCCCCGCCUGGCUGCCUAUCUGAGCGCCUUGGGUGGAAUGAGGUCAUUGAAGGAGAUGUGGAAUCAUCACCACCAAAUAGAGGCGUACCGCACUGAGUUCAUCGCCCAGUGGAGGGAACUCCGGCUGGACGUUGUGCUGUGCCCUGUCCUGGGGCCUGCCUUCACCACAGGAUACCCCGGGAAACUCCUCACUGCCAUCUCCUCCACGAUGCUGUACAAUGUCUUGAACUUCCCCGCUGGGGUUGUACCCGUCAGCACAGUGACAGAAGCUGAUGAGGAAGAGCUGAAGUUUUACCGAGGGUGCUGUGAUGACCCCUGGGACCGGACGCUGAAACAGGCUGUGGCAGGAGCCGUGGGGCUGCCCGUGGCCGUGCAGUGCGUGGCCUUGCCGUGGCAGGAGGAGCUGUGCCUGCGGUUGAUGAAGGAGGUGGAGACCGUCAGCCGUGAGAAGAGAGCGGCAUAG